GCCUCCCCAGUGGAAGCAGAUAGAGCCACCAGCAAGCAGGUCGAGGCUAGCCCUGGAAGUGCCGGACCUGCGAGCCCAGCGUGCCCGUCCCCAGGUUCAGAUCAAAAGCAAUUCAAGUCAACUGCAGCUUGUGCCAGCCCUGUUGUGAAGAGAUUAGAAUUUCUUCCCAGUCCUGUCCCUUCAGAGGAAGCUGCUUCAAGUGAGAAAGAUGUGAAGAAACUUGAAAUGGAGCAGCAGAAGGAAGCAGAGCCUGCUGCUACACCAGAGGUGAUGAAGCCAAAAGGCCUGGAGCAAGAGGGGAGUGUAGUAUUACCAUUUUUAAAGAAACUACCUGAGACCAGCCAAGUUACUCUGCAGAAUUCUGGUCUACAAGAGCCGCCCCGCGGGGCCACGGUUCCGCUUAGGGUUCGCAACAACUGGCGGCGCUCACAGUUUUUCUCGCAGUCAGCCGAUUCUGAUAGUGGUGACAAAUCAAAUCGUUUCAAUUUCUGGUCCUGGGAUCCAGAAGAAGAGCGAAAGCGCCAGGAGAGGUGGCAGCAUGAGCAAGAACGCUUGCUUCAGGAGAAGUAUCAGAAGGAGCAGGACAAGCUGAAAGAGGAAUGGGAAAAGGCCCAGAGAGAAGUUGAAGAGGAGGAGCGUAGAUACUAUGAGGAGGAACGUAAGAUAAUUGAGGAUACUGUCGUUCCAUUCAUUGUUUCUUCAAACUCUGCUGAACUCCUCUCCUCCUCCUCUUCUACUGAAGGAAACAAGACAGCAAACACAACUGAUUCAAACAGCUCUCCAGAUGAAAGCAAACAAAAAGAAGGUACAAGGCAGAAAAAGCUGCUCUGGGAGCAGGACAGUAUACCAUCUCCGAAAAGCAAGGAUAAUGAACUCUGGCAAGAAAAGAGGAGUGGAAAUAAAGCGCUCUCAGGACACCCAGAGACAGGUGUCUUGAAAGGAGGUGAACAGGAGCACCAGGUGCCGGUGAUGGAGCGCAGCUCGCCUGCCAGGCUGAAUCUGCCGUUGACUCAGGACGUCUCCUGGAAUCAGCAGUUGCUGACAAAGCAGUCCCCACAUCGUGCAGAGGACAAUCGGCAGAGACCAUUCCUGGGCCAGAGUGCAGGACAACAGCCGAGCUCCACAGGAGAAACGAGGAGGGCAGGCUAUCAUGAGAACUUCCAAUCUGGGCCAUCAUCUCCCUGCUCUCCUGCUGCUCAGAGUCAGUCACCCAACAGGUCUGUCAGCGGAAAGAAGCUCUGUUCUACCUGUGGGCUUCCUCUUGGAAAAGGAGCUGCCAUGAUUAUUGAAACACUUGGUCUUUAUUUCCAUAUUCAGUGCUUCAGGUGUGGCAUUUGCAAGGGGCAGCUAGGAGACGCAGCAAGUGGGACAGAUGUCAGGAUUAGAAAUGGUCUUCUUAACUGCAACGAUUGUUAUAUCCGAUCCAGAACGGCUGGACAGCCAACUACAUUGUGACAUGAUUUUCAGUCCUAAUAACCUUCAAGAAGGAACUCUCUUCUCAUAUGUAUCGGCUGCCUCCAGACAAUCACUUGUAAGAGCUUGAAUCCAUGGACAUCAUGGCUCUCAUCUCAUUUUGAAAAACUCAUAAAAACGCUGCACCUGCUCCUUUAAAUGCAAUAUGUUGGUUUUUCCCUUUCUUAAGAAAUUUGCAAAAUAUGUAUGACCAUGUUUGGGAAGGCAAAGCCUAAGUACUAUUAAAAAAAAAAUCCCACCUUUCAGGUAUGUUUAAGAUUUCCAGUCUGUUACCUUGUUCUUUUGAAAGUAAUAAGAAAAUAAACAUGCAAUAAAGCUGUUUUGUUUUAAUAUUUCUAGGAAUUAAAAAGUUUAAGUUUACAGAACCUUUAUAGAAUAUGCCAACUUGAGCUGAGAAGUAAUUUUAAGAUAGUAUCUAAUCUGUGCAUUUGAAAAACUAAACAUCACAGCAUGACUUCUCUGUUAUAACUGAAGCUAUAACUUUUUUUAUACAGAGACUAGUUUGAUAAUACAUCCUGUAAUUCUGAAGCAUUUUGUGUUUAUAUUACCUUCAGUGGAGGGUAGGAGUUAUACAAAUAAAUUAUUGCACCUUUAGUGAUAGGAUAUGUUGUUUGUGUACCUCAAGUAAUGUUCAUGAUUAUAGCUUAAUAUUCUCUCCAAUAAAGAUUUCUUCAUUAAACCUAAAGA